AGUCCCGCGCACCAUCUCGUCGAGGAAGGAUAUUCUCGGUUGUGUUGUUGUUAUAAUAUUUAUUAAAUUAUUUUUUAUUAUUAAAAAAAAAUACAUUAACAAUAUAACUAUCAAUAUUUAUUAUUAAUUUAUUUUUUAAUUAGUGUUUAUUUAUUUUUAUUUGUGUUGUUUAUCCAUUUACUUUUUAGACAAAAACAUUUUUUUUAUUUUAUUUUUUUUUUUAAAAAAUCAAAAUAAAAUAUUUAUAAUUAAUAUUUUUUGAUGAAAUUUUUCGCAUCUUGUACUUUGUGUUUUUAAUUAUGAGUAAAGUGAUUUUUUUUUAAUUUUUAUAAAUUAUUUAUAUUUAUUAUGAUAAUUAUUUUGUGUUGAUUUAUUUUGGAUUAAUGAUGAUUGGUGUUAAAAUGCACUCACAAAUACCAGAAAUAAUUCCAACAACAUUAAAUCAAAAAUGUGUUAAGGCACGUGCUCUUUAUGACAAUAUUGCUGAAGCCCCAGAUGAAUUGGCAUUUCGCAAGGGUGAUAUCCUGACUGUCCUCGAACAAAAUACCUCUGGUCUUGAGGGUUGGUGGCUAUGUGCCUUGAGGGGUAGACAGGGAAUAUGUCCAGGUAAUCGAUUGAGAUUAUUAAUUGGUCAAUAUGAAGUCAAUGGAAAUGGUGGUAGCAUUGGAAAUAGUCGUGGUGAUCUUACUCUGAAUGACGAUGGAGUGCAACGUCAUGGAAAACGACGUAGCUGGCAUGUACAACCAAACAGGGUGGUAACACCACAAAAAUGUGGCGACGUAUAUCUCUAUGAUUUACCAGCAAACAGAGGAAGUCCAGCACCCUCAUUAAGACAUGAUUCACCAUUAAAUUCAAAUGAUCAUCUUCAUACUGGACGUUUUUCAUCAGGCCAACAAAGUUCAAUUGACAGUGGUUCAGAUGUCAAUGAUUGUUAUGAUGUACCACCACGUGCAACACCAAUAAUAACAUCACCAACAAAUAGUCCAAGUCCAGCACCAUCAUGUUAUGAUAUACCAAGACCACCAACAUCAUGUACACCAGUAUUAAAUUGUUCAAUAAAUUCAAUAAUAACACCAAAUGAUUGUUAUGAUGUACCACGUCCACAUCAACCAUUAACACCAUCAAGUUCAGCAUCAAGUCUUACAAAUGAUGGCUCUUCAUUAAGUGGAUCAAAUAGAUCAAGUAUAACAGCACCAGAUUAUGAUAUACCACGUCCACGUUUAUUAUCAUCAUCAUCAAGAUACAGUACAACAUCAAUAUUAGAAACACCAAUAACAACACCAUCACCAACACCAAUACAACAAAUAUAUGAUGUACCAAGUAAUAAAGAGCUACCAUUAGAACUUGAUUCAGCACUUGAAGGUUUACAAAAAUUACAAAAUGAAGCAUCACUUGCAAUAACAAAAUUACUUGGUUUUGUAACACCUGGAUGGAGAACACCAAUUAAACUUGAUGCAACACUUAUGGAUUUAAGACUUGCUGCAUUAAGAUUACGUACAUCACUUCAUGAUCUUGCUGAAUUUUCUGAAGGUACACUUGGUAAUGCAAGUAAAGCACAAGACAAAGGAUUAGCAAAUAAAUUUCGUCCAUUGGUUAAAGCAUUACGUGAUUCUGAUAAACUUGUACAAGAAGCAGCAACUGAAUUAGAUCAAAUUGAAUGGGACGCUGUUAAAUUAUCAAGAGGUGAUACAACAACACCAACAAAUACAACACCAACAUUACAACCGGAUCCACUUGAUCAAUUGAUUGCGUGUGCAAGAGCACUAACUGAAGAUGUACGACAAAUUGCUAGUUUUAUUCAGGGUAAUUCAACAUUAUUAUUUAAAAGAUCAUCAAUAAUAUCAACAACAAAUACAAAUAAUACUGAAGAUUAUGAUUAUGUUAAUCUUGAUUCACGUGAGACAGUUGUUAAACAACGUGAAGAAUUACGUGCAGCAUUACCACAAGAAUUUCGUAGUAAUUUUGAUCUUCUUGUUGCUGAAGCUGAUAAUGCUGCAAUACAAAUACCACAAACAACACCAACACCAAUGGAUCCAAAUGACAAACAAUUACUUGCAUUUUAUGCUGCUCAAGUUAUAACACAUGGUGCACAUUUAACACAUGCUAUUGAUGCAUUUUUACAAACAGUUGAACAUAAUCAACCACCAAAGGUAUUUUUGGCACAUGGUAAAUUUGUUGUACUGAGUGCACAUAGAUUGGUACAUAUUGGUGAUACUGUACAUAGAAAUGUAACACGUAAUGAUGUUAGAACACGGAUAUUACAAUGUGCAAAUUUAUUGAGUGAAGCACUUGCACAGACAGUAGCUAAAACAAAACAAGCAGCUCAAUUUUUUCCAAGUGUAUCAGCUGUACAAGAAAUGGUUGAUAGUGUUGUUGAUAUAUCACAUAUUGCUAAAGAUUUAAAAGUUGCAAUGAUACAUGCUGCUCAACAACCUUAAUUAUUUUUUUUUUUUUUUUAAUAAAAUUUAUACCUCAUCGAAGAUGAUUAUGGUUCGUCCUUCUUACGAGGCCAAAGGAACUAAUAUUUAAUUACAGCGUCAAAUACUGCCAAAGCAUAUUAUGCGUAUAAAUUAAUUUAAUUAAAAUAUAUUUAAAAAAUUAAUUAUUAUUAAAUGCAGUUAUGAAAAACAAAUGCUUUGAAUUUUAAAUUAGUAUUUUUUAUUUUUUUUUUUUAGGUAGAUUUAUAAAAUGUAAUCAUUUUCGAUAUAAAAAAGUGAUAAAAUCGCAUAAUAGUUUGGGAGUAUAUAAAAAUAAUUAAAUAAUAAAUUUUUAAAAAAUUAAUAGAUAAAUAAUAUUAAAUUUUUAUUAUAAAAAGAACCAAAAAAAAAAAACGAAAAAAAAUGUUUGAAUUUAAAUUAAAAACACAAACGUAUUAUGCAAAAUUAAGAAAAAUUUUUUUAUAAAAAUUUAUUGUCGAAUUAAUAGUAAUUGAAUUUUUUUUAUUGUUUUUUUUUUUUAUGGAAAAAGACUUGAAUAAAAAGAAGUCUAUGACGCACAUCUGCAUGAAUUUUUAUAAAAUUGCAGCCGAC